AUGGCCUCUUCCCUCUCCCGCCUGGGUCUCGCCGCCCUCUUCAUGGGCCUGGCAGCAGCCCAGCGUCAGAUCGGACCAGCCGAGAACCACCCGCCUCUCACAACAUGGCGCUGCACAAAGGCCGGCGGCUGCACCGAAGUCAACAACUUCAUCGUCCUCGACUCCCUCGCGCACAACGUCUACCAGGCCAACGGCGGCGGAAGCUGCGGCUCCUGGGGGAACCCGCCUAACGAAACGGCGUGCCCUACCAAGGAAGCCUGCGCCGAGAAUUGUGUCCAGGAAGGCCUUGACGACUACAGCCGUGUCGGAGUCACGACGGAUGGCGGUGCUAUGACCAUGUAUCAGCUUAAGGAUGGCGUGCAGGUGUCUCCGCGUGUAUAUCUUCUUGAUCCUUCCAAGGAGCAGUAUGAGAUGAUGCACCUGACGGGCAAGGAGUUCACAUUCGACGUCGAUGUAUCGAAGUUGCCCUGUGGUAUGAAUAGCGCCCUGUAUACCUCGGAGAUGGAGGCCGACGGUGGCAAGAGCGCGCUCAAUACCGGUGGCGCCCGCCAUGGCACGGGGUACUGCGAUGCCCAGUGCUACACUACGCCGUUUAUCAACGGGGAAGCCAAUAUUGAAGGAUACGGUGCAUGCUGCAAUGAGAUGGACAUCUGGGAGGCCAACUCGCGGUCUGCCCACCUGGCACCGCACCCAUGUAACCAGACAGGUGUCUACCUCUGUGAGGGAGAAGACUGUGCCUUUGAAGGUGUCUGCGAUAAGAACGGUUGCGCCUGGAACCCGUACCGAGUCAACCAAGAUGACUACUACGGCCGUGGUCCAGAGUUCGACGUCGACACGACGCGCCCCUUUACAGUCAUCACACAAUUCCCCGCCAACGAAGCCGGCGUCCUCACCGAGAUCCACCGCCUCUACAUCCAGGACGGACACUUGAUCCGCAGCGAAGUCGUCAACAACACGGAUCUGCCGCAGGUCAACUACCUCAACGAUGAGUUCUGCGAGGCGACGGGCUCUCGACGGUUCAUGGAUCUCGGCGCGCAUCAGGAGAUGGGCGAGUCGUUUGACCGCGGGGUGGUGCUUGCGUUUAGCAUCUGGUGGGAUGCCGGCGGCGGAAUGAGGUGGUUGGACGGUGCGCCGGAGGCCGGGCUGUGCGAUGAGACGGAAGGAUUCCCAGAGAACGUCGUCAAGGUUGAGCCGAAUCCGGUUGUGACGUUUAGCAAUAUCAAAUGGGGCGAGCUUGGGUCUACGUUCAAGCCUCAGUGUAAGAACAAGCCCAGGAACGUGUAG